GUCUCUCUCGUUCUCACACACCCCACAUCCCCACCAUGACCCGCGACACCGUGUGCCGCAUCGCCGCGUUCAGCGGGUACACCGGCGACAAGUUCUCGGCGCUCAAGGAGCAGGCCGAGGGCAGCCGCGCGCCGAUCCUGUUUGGCGACUACCUGGCCGAGAUGAACAUUGCCUGGCAGGCCCUCGCGAUCAAGGCCGACCCGACCUCCGGCUACGAGGCCAUCUUCCUCCAGCACCUGCGUACCGCGGCCAAGACGAUCGCAAAGAACAAGCAGAAGGUGUUGACUAAUGCCGGCGCGCUGAACCCCAAGGGGCUGGCGGAGGCCGUGGCUGCGCUGCUGAAGGAGGAGGGCGUGAGCCUGAAGGUAGCCUACGUCCAAGGCGACAACAUCCUGUCCCGCCUGCCCGAGCUCGCCGCGGCCGGGGAGACGUUCCACCACCUCGAGAGCGACGACAGGCACCUGCGCGACUGGAAGCUGAAAGACCGCAUCCUUAGCGCGAACGCGUACGUCGGCGCGCGCGGCGUUCGUGCUGCCCUGGAGGCGGGCGCAGAUGUGGUCAUCACGGGGCGUGUCACCGACGCGAGCCCCGUCAUUGCGGCCGCUGCUUGGUGGCAUGGGUGGGGGUGGGACGAGUAUGAUAAGCUUGCUGGCGGGUUGUUGGCGGGGCACUGUAUUGAGUGCGGCGCGUACGUGACCGGUGGCAACUCGUCCGGCUUCCUGGCCUACAAGGACGAGUACUACGACAUCGUGAUGGGCAUCGCGGAGAUUGAGGCAAGCGGGGAGUUUGUGAUCACGAAGCAACCCCCGCGCCCGGGGCAGUGGAACGGCGUAGUCAACGACGUGACGGUGCGCUCGCAGAUCCUGUACGAGAUCCAAGGCAACGUGUACCUCAACCCCGAUGUGCAGGCGCUGCUCGACACCAUGAGCGUGCGCAACGAGGGCGUCGACCGCGUGCGCGUCGCUGGCGUGCGGGGCAUCGCGCCGCCCGAGACUACCAAGAUUGCCAUCUGCGCCAUGGCGGGGUAUCAGGCCGAGGCGGUGGUGUAUGCUUGCGGGCUGGAUGUGGAGGAGAAAUUCGACACGCUCAAGCUCCAAAUCACGCACUCCCUCGGCGGCGCAGACGCCAUAAAGGCCCGCUUCACAACGUUCGACAUGACACAGUACGGCGUCGCGGCCAAGGACGCGGAGACAGAAGCGGCAAGCACGGCAAUGCUGCGCAUCUUCGCGCAGGCGGAGGAUCUUGACGCGUUCGGGCCGGCGAGGAGCUUGAAGACGAUGAUUAAUCCCGAGGGGUUGGGCCAUUUCCCCGGCUUCCACUUCCCGCUGACCUUUGGCAACAUGACACCCGUCCCGUACAUCGAGUACUGGCCCGGCCGGGUACGCCAGGCCCACCUCCCCCUGACCGUGGGCUUUGUCGGGUCGUCGGACACGCUCACCGUGCCCGCCGUGGGGAGCGACAAGACGCUGCCGGUGCAAAAGUCGGACGAUUACGAGCCGGCGCGCGCGUUGGUCGCGUCCGAGUGGGGCAGCACGACGCGCGGGCCGAUUGGGUUGAUUGUGCAUGCUCGGUCGGGGGACAAGGGCGGGAACGCCAACGUCGGCUUCUUCGUCCGCCACGAAGACGAGUACCCGUGGCUCCAGGCGCUCCUGUCCAAGCCCGAGCUCAUCCGCCUCAUGGGCAAAGAGUACGUCGGGAACCGUAUCGAGCGCGUCGAGCUGCCUGGCCUCAAGGCGGUCCACUUUGUCAUCCACGACUACCUCGGCAAGGGCGUAAGCUCGACGUGGCGCCUCGACUCGCUCGCAAAGGGCGUGGCAGAGUACCUCCGCAGCAAGUAUGUCGACCUGCCUGACCGUUUCUUGGUUCGCGGAAAGAUCUGGUAAAGAGAAAGUCAGAAGAAUCAGAAGUUG